UGUAACCAUUUUUUCACAAUAAAGGCUCAAAAUUUGAAAAAAAACGGGAAAGACUUAUUCACACACCUGAUAUAAAUUUGUAUUUAUUAUGUAAUACCUAUUUCUGCAUUACUGAGAUCGAAUAACAUUGCCGUGGGGAAAUAUUUUGAAAUAUUUGUAUUUCUUGUUAUUAUUUUUCUUCUGUGUGGGAACUUUCGUUUGACAACUGGUAUAGUCUGUGGUUACACUGAGAAAAAUGAUAUGGCUUAUAUUUAAUAAAUGAUUAUUUGACCGAUAUUUAUUUAUAGUAAUCUCAGUAAGCCAAUAACAAGUAUAUCUGAUUUCCAUCAAAGAAAUCAACAAAUAUGAGUUAUUUUUAGUUAAUAACAAAUUUAUUCAGGCCAAAUUUAUUUAGACCAAAUAUUAUUCAUUCCAUGCAAAUAAAUGAUUAUUAGAAAUAUUUAAUUCAAAGUAUAUAUUUCAGUGAAAUAUACAUUCGUUAAUAGUUAACAUAUUUAUUUGUCUACUCCACUCAUUCUUUAUACUUGUCGAAUCUUGUCUUUCGCUAUCGACCAAUAGGACGAAUCGCGGCGCCCUGCAUGACCGUAUUUGCGCAGGUCUGAAGGGUCCGCAGUGCGUACUGCGUACUCCACAGGAGAAGAGUUCAGUACACAUACUUUCUUUUCGUAGUUCGAAGUAGUAUUACUAUUAUUUAUUAUAGACUAAGAUCAGAAUAUCUAUAUCACGCAAUCAUAAUAUUUAUAUGUAUUAGUUGUGACUGUGAAUCUGAAGAUAUCAAGGCAUAAGUAUACCGAAUAUGGAAAACUUUUUGGAGGAAGGAGGAUUGAUGCAUCUUAAAGAAUCUCUGGAGGAAAAUGGAAUAGAUUCAAUUGACCUAAUAACACAACUUGUACAGGAUAAAUCGUUCGAAGAGACAGUGCCUCGAUUGGGAGAUCGAUUGAAGAUAAAAAGGAAACUAUCCCUUUCUCAAAAGACUUGUUAUGAUGAGGUAACAGACCAAAUUUCUACGAAGAAAAUCAUAAUAGACGUUCCGGAUAUCCAUGCAACCCCAUCUGAAGUACAGUCGUUACGCAGUACUUCCUCGAUUGAUUUGGAUUUCACAUCUACACCGAUUGUGUUCAACAUUACACCUACACCUGUGUUGUCCAGUAUUAUAAUUGGAGAUAAUACAUUCCACUUGGAGCAAUUGUUGCAGAAUUCACUCAUGGGUAGGGCUAUUAUCGAACUCUAUAGAACGAACGGACAAUUAUCAACAACUUGUCAAUCUUAUUUGGUGGAGUUAAUCGUUCAACAUUUGAUAAACAUCCAACCUUUCAGGAGACUAACGAAUGAGGACUUUAGAAGACUAUCGAAACAUAUUGUCGAACUAUUUCCUGGUGAAUUACACCAAGUAUAUUUCACCUCUCCAAUAAAAAAAAGAAAUUCCAAAGAUAACAAAAGUGGGGUGGCGAGGGGCAAACUUGUUGACAAAUAUAGGAAUAGGCUGACAUUCCUAAGAAAAUCAGGAAUCAUUUCUGCUAAAUAUACAGAUAAAGAAGAGAUUAAUACACCUGAACCUAAUGAAAGAAAUCUUGAAGAUGAUGACUUCGAAGAAGAUUUGGUUUGGCUGAUACAUAACAGGGAACCCUGGGGAGAAGUGAUAAAUAAAUGGUCUCAGACCUUUGAAUAUAGGAAACAACUCAUCAGGCAGGAUAUAGAGUUUCAGGAGAUUUUACAGAAAUUUCCCAUUAUCAAAAAUCCCCUAGGAUACACUUUAAUUGACAUUGAUUUCAAAAGGACAUUCCAACCACAGUAUCAAUUAAUUUUUAAAAAAUUCGAGCCUAUCUUCCACAAGCUUUUGGAGUUGAAGAAGAAAAACUUGAAUCAUGGUGAUUUACUGAUUGUAGAUCUCAUUCAAUCGGAAAAAAUUAAUGUUGAAAGUCGUCAUUACUACAUGCUUACCUUAUUGGCUUCCCUUUUACCACAAAAAUCAUAUGGAAAGAAGGGCAACAUAUGGCACCCUACAAUAACGGACAGCGUGAAGGGUGUUAUAGUACAUAUUAAGAUUCCUGCUGAAAUCGAGGACACAAUUAAUAGCAAGAGGAAAUUUCUAUCCAAGUACAACCUUCCUCUACUUCCUUUUGUGAUUAUACAAGGGCCAUCCAUUUCAGAAAUUGAAAAUGUUUAUGUUGUCUACAAUGAUAUCAUUUAUCGUUGCGAUGGGGUACUGAAAGCAAUUGAUAUAUGUUUUCAGAUUAUACAUAUUUUCAACUUAAGAUACCCUUAUGAAAGCGAGAACAUAUGGAUGUUUAUUCAAAUAGGUAUGUACAACCUAAACACUCCUUAUGAUAAGAUACCCAAUAUUUUGGAUCUUGUCAACAAAUGUUCAUAGAAAUUCAAAGUUCUUCAAAUACUGGUUGCGUCAAUCUUUUAAUUUUAGCUCACUCGAUCAACUUUUGUUUUCAAUAAUGGUAUUAUGUAAAGAAUGUGGCAAGAAGCUUGCUGAUAAUAAUUCUUAUCUCAUUCACAUUUCAACAAUUCAUAGAUUUUUGAGUAACUUUUCAUGUGGCCAACAGGAUUGUCCAAGGAAGUUCAAUACUUUAUCAUCUUUGAAAAAACAUACACAAAAAUUUCACUCAGAGAAAAAUGUGGCCAAAAAUAAAAAUUCUGAAUCUAAAUCCUCUUCUAAUAAUUCUUUCCAUUAUGACAAUGAGGUUUUAUAUGAUGAAUGUCCAGAACUGUCCGAAAAUUCUCCUAAUAUUGUAGAAACUAUUUUGCAAGAUACAUUUGAAUUGCAAAUGUUAACUUUUGUGAAUAAACUAUAUUCUCAUCCUGCCAUCAAUAGAUCUGUUGUUCAUGACAUUAUAGGCACUACUUCUGAGCUGAUCAAUAACAUAUUCUCAAAUAUCCUUUUAAAAAUUGAAGAUUUACCAAAUCUGCAAGGUCAUUCAUCCUAUAAUGAAAUUAUCUCAGCGCUAUCAACGGAUAUUUUCAAAUCUUGUAAAUCAGAGUAUAAACGGUUUCAACUUUUGGCAAAACAUAAUUUAUAUUUCAAACCAGAAGAGUAUUUCAUUGGCUACCUCCCUGAAAGUAGAACCUCAUCUAUUGCUAGUACAUCACAAGUACUCACAAAACAAUGUAAAGGCGUAAUUAUAUCUCUCAGAAAAAUUCUUAAAAAAUAUUUAGAAACCCCUGGUGUUCUUCAAUA